CCAUCCCGGCUGCGUCAAUAAAAGGAACUAUGCUGCCAUCUCGUGGCGAUGAACACAGGCGCCUCAACAACUCUGUGUACAAAUGAAGUUCCUCACUCCCAGGGGAAAAACGCAUCACGACGCGGAACAACCAACACUGGGACUCCAGGUGAAGAUCUGGUGGGCCGCGGGUCUCCACACAGGUGUGGUGGGAGGUUGUUAACAAGGCCGUUCUUCUGGUUGAUGUGCACCAAAUGCAGACAAAAGGAAAAGCAACAGGAAAAGGGGUUGUAAGUCUGAUUCCAAGCACAUGAGGGCGCUGUAGCUACUUCCUGCAGUCACCUCUCUGCAUCAAUCACAGGAUUUGAUUUUGGAACAACACUUUUGAAUGCCCCUGUGGCCGACCUUCCACUCCUCUGUGUGGUUUUGACUCGUCUUGAAAGUGUGACUUAGUUUUUUGGACAAAAAUGUGACCAAGAAUAAUAAAUGGUUCCAUCAAAACAAGCACAGUGCAGAAAAAAGACAUAAAUAUGCAAUAUUGACAAGCGUAAAAUUCAAAUGUAGAGGGCAAACCGCCAAUUUAAUGGUGCAUUUAUCUGAUGCGUGGUACAUCCAUGUGCUGAUGUCACAUUAUCUUCUUGACGAAUGGCUGAGUUGUGGAUAUGAAAUACCCGAUCUGUGUAAGAACAGACGUGUCGGGCCUGCAGGUUCGGUCACGGUACCUAAUCUCUGACUCUUCAGAAAUGCUUUGAUGGAAACUCUCAGCAGACGACCGGGACAGACGGACCUGAACAAAUAAUGGAGGCUGGACGCGGUGGGGAGUAGUCAGUCGUGCAGCCCUUACUCAUUGGUUGCCUCCGACACAGUAGCUCUCCCUCUCGCUCUCUCAUAAAUGCGCUCCCACCACCGACCGUAGCAGAUAAUCACAGGCCACUGUGAGAGGGACACACCUUCCGCUUAUUUUGCCACAGUUUACACGGGGAUGCUUUUCGAUUCGCGCAAAGGUAUCAUCAGUCCAAGAUUCGAGUCGUGUUUUCAGCUCGCGGUGUCGCAAUUUGGCGAUUUUUUGCGCGUAAGGCUGUACGAGAUCGCUCCGCUCCAACUCGAAGAUGACCGGGGUUUUUGAGAACUUAAAUACUGAUAUGCAUUCGAACCAGAUUACCUCCAGCAGUUACCACAGCUUGCACAAAUCGCAGGAGUCCCCGACUCUUCCGGUGUCCACGGCGACAGACAGCAGCUACUACAACAGCCAACAGCCGGGCCACUGCGCCGGGUCUCCGUUCGGCCAGCUCGGCUCGUACCAGUACCACAGCGGCGCCACAAGCACUGUGCCAUACAACGCCAAGUCCUACGAUCUAGGUUUCAACUCCUCUUAUGGAGCAUACAGCUCCUACGGCUCCAACUCCUCUCCUACUCCAGCCGAGACAGAGAAAGAAGAGAGCGAGCCAGAAAUCCGGAUGGUUAAUGGAAAACCAAAGAAGGUCAGGAAACCUCGAACCAUUUACUCCAGCUUCCAACUGGCUGCACUUCAACGGAGGUUUCAGAAGACGCAGUAUCUGGCUCUACCAGAACGGGCCGAGCUGGCAGCCUCGCUGGGCCUUACGCAAACACAGGUCAAAAUCUGGUUCCAGAACCGCCGCUCCAAGUUCAAGAAGUUGUGGAAAAGUGGAGAAAUCCCCCCAGAGCAACACGUUGCUUCCAGCGAGUCUCCCCCCUGCACGUCUCCGCCAACUACUGCCUGGGACUUUCCACAGACUCAAAGAAUGAACAGUGUCAACCCCAGCUUACCUCAGAGCAGCAGCCCUCCCAACACGACUGCGCCUUCAUCGUUUUUGGCAAACUACUCCUGGUACUCAACAACGAACUCUGCGACGCAUUUGCAGCCUCUGGUCCAGCAUCACCACAACGCCGCCAUAAGUGCUGGGACGAUAUUCUGAAACAAAAACAAAAACAAAACAAAAAGAUCGGGUUUAAAUCGGACAAUACUGGUGAAUAAAGAAAAAAAGAAAGAAAAAGAAAAAUGCCAAUACCUUCAUUUUACAGACCUCGUGUGUGCGCCAUGCGAACUUUACGCGCAAGAAGUUAAUCGGAGCCAGACAGGCUCAUGGACCUUGCCGGUUUUUCGCGCUGGUAAAUGGUAGACACAGAUUUCUACAGUUAUUUUUGUAUUUAUUUAUUUUGUUUAUGUCGAGGGGAUGAAUGAACCACUAUUACCCAAAGCAAUCACAGCCUGGGCGCAAGCCUACUUUUACGCGGACGUCACUUUUUUGCCAUUCCUGCGAAAUAAAACAAUUGACCCGCAGGACAACCUGUCACAGAUGUAGCACAAAGUUAACUGUAUCGUGCCUUUUUCAAUAUGACCUCAUUUUGUUGUGCGAUUAAAAAAAAACAAAAAAAAACAGCUUACCUUUUUAUCCAUUCCACAUGUUCAUUAGUUGAUUUGAAUAGACUGGGGGGUAAGUGUCUGAAUCCACGUUUGUAAAUAUUUUACCACAUCUUUUUGAUAUCUCAUGUCGCUUUGACUCUUUUUUAUGUUAUCGGUGCAAAUCCAUUAAUUAACCACCGUAAGCUACUGAUUGUCCUACCCUCGGAUUUACUUGUAUCACACUUAACUGUAUUUUUGUCUUAUUUAUUUUAGCAGUGUUUCAUAUAUGGCCAGACGUUAUUUAAAUAAAAAUGUUUUCUGUGCAAAUGCAACUCUCCUUUUCUUUCCUAACAGCCAUUUAUUUAAGACUGGGGACAUAUAUAUGCCAUUGUCUUAUUCCUUUUGCAACAUAGGUUUAAAUGCAUAAAAUAAUUUCCUGCCUGCCUGAAUUAAUAGCUGUUUUUUUAAGAGCAUGCAACGAAGCUUGGUCAAUGCUGCAUUAUUUUUUAUUAUUAUUAUUUUCAUAUAAAAGGCUAUUUUAAGAAAGGCGUCAGCAUAGCUUAAUAUUAGCUUAAAAUGUAGCCUGUUAAGGGAAACUCCAUGCUGUCUUGUAAUGGGCUCAGACAGCUACAGACAUGUUACAGUUAUUUAUUUGUAUUUAUUUAAACUAUAAUUACUUGUAUAUUGGUUGUGAAAGGCUGAAAAAUAUUUUUUAAAAGCAGUGUAAAUGCACACUUGUAGGCUAGCUAACACAAUUAUUAGCCUGUAGCUUAAUACGCUAACUUCUAGCUGCGUUGCUUAGCAACUGUGUUAAUAACAACCGGCUAACUUUAGCUUGAAGUUUGUACGGUUGGGAGUUUAAGCUAGCUGGACACUUACUUUCAAGCCGUCCCGGCUCCGUCAGCAGAUGAUUAGCCGAACCAGGGCUCAGGCAGGCAGGCAGGCAGGCAGGCAGAGGGAGAGGCCCGGGGCGCAGGCUCAGCGGAGGAGGGAGUCGACACACAACAACACGCCUUGGCAUGCGAGUGAGGGGAAGAAAAUGAGGGUAUGUGGCUAUACGAACCGAGCACAAGCUCCCUCAGACUCAGUGGAGUCAGAGAGCUGCUCACCAGACGUUUUAUGAACUCAGCCUAACAAGAGGGAAAGAGAGGAACUAGGACAGCCCGGAGCGAAAACAUCAUGGAAACAUUUCUCACGUCUCACAAGUGAAGCCUGUGAUCUCUGAAGACGAGCAGAUUGACCUACAUUGUGUUUGUGGCUCAUGCAGGGCCUGUGGGCUACAUGGAAAACACAGGCACACGUCCAAAAAAACUAGAUGUAAUGCUGCCAGGAAUUUUAUUUUAGUUAAUUCAGCUAUUGUAAGAGGCUAUUUUAACUCCGAUAGAACGAGUGGGGUGGGGGAGCUUAUUAUUAUUAAUACACAUCCCCAUCACUUAGCUAGCUCUCAUUCAUGAUCCACACUGUCUAUCCCACACGCUUCCCUUCAAACGACCACGGGCCAUAGAGUGGGAUCGCUUCCUUCUACAUAAUUAGGACUGUAGCUUGUCAGCGGCUGCCUGUAUCUCCAUGAUGGAGCCUCCUCCCUGGAGCUGACAGUACCAGAUCCCAGGCAUGCAUGCGUGCAGCAGGUCCAGCCUAACAUCUACAUGCACACAGCCACAUUUAUGUUAAUGUGCACGUUUGUAGAUUUAAUUGUCUAUAUUGUCAUUGCACGGAGAGUGCAUGCAUGAUCACUGCACCACGAAAUAACGCCACAUUCACUCGUGUGAACUAGUCAGCACAGAUCUUUGAAUAACACUUCAGCAAACUAGCUUGUUUUAGAAGACCUAUUGAUUUAUAACACAAGAACAAUCGCUUUAAAAAUGGAUUUCUGGGUGUUCUGUAUCUCCCACCGCCACUGUGGCUUGUACUUGCAGCAUUUUUCCUAGGCAACUUGUAAAUGCCAUACCCCUUUAUCCUAAUUUAUACCCUGAUCUGUAAUUUCAUCCACAUUUGCUCUGGUUUGAGCAUUCUGGCUUUCAAAUCUGAAAGCCUGCAAUUACUAUAUAAUUCUUCGCAAUUUCAGAUGUCCUAAUAUGGGGUGUUAUUUUUUACACAAGACAAUUUCCACGCUAUUUCAAGCAUCAACAUUGUCAAAGUCGCAUGUACAUAAUAAAUGGGAAUAUCAAUGCAUAGUUUUUUAGCCUCACAUCUUGACUCGACGAUAAUUAUAUCCGUGUGGGAGCUCCUACGCGGAAUUAGCCCCUCUGAAUUGCACGGUAACUGCUGCUUUAAAUUUAAAAAAAAAAAAAAAAAAAAAAAAAUUACUCAUAAUUUCCCCCCAAAGAUUACCAAGAUCUCGAGUGCACAAUGUCAUCAGCGUAAUGAGGAGUAAACAUUUAUGCUAAUAAUCUACAUUUUUUCCCCCAUCAGCUAUAAAGAGGGGGAAAUAAAGCAGACAUUUUUCAGUCAUAUUCUGAACUCUGUCUGCUGCUAUAGCUUAGACCAACACAUGGGACACAUUUUGUGGGAUUUAAGCGCUCGUUCCUUUUUUUUUUCCUCCUGGUGUCUGUGCUGCUGGAGGAUGCUGCUGCUGCUGCUGCUGCUGCUGCUGCUGCUGCUCACAUCUGCCUCCAUGCUGAUUUCUGACAAGCCUGAGAGGGAGCUUCCUUUUUAAAGCCGAGAGCUGUUCUCAGAGGAAAAUGACGCCCCCAGAAGACUGUAUGAAGCUAGAGAGGUGGCAGGGUCCACCACAUGUAAACAAAACAAAACAGUGUGAAAUUGUCCUUUAAGGCAGUGAUGACACUGUGAGGAAACUGCAUCACAUCAGUUUGGGAUGUUCUGACCGAAAGCUCCAGGGACUCCAGGAUGGACUUGUUGCUCUGUGGACGACUUAGAUGUUAAAAGACAUAUAAAGCUGUGUUCAGAGCAGCUCUCUCCUCGGAAAGCUGUGUGGAAAAGCCCCCAGUGAACUGGUAGAAAUGCUGUCCCCCAUUACAGCAGCAGCAGGGGUCAGGCCAUGGCAGCAAGCAUCCAACCUGCCCGAAAUUGGCUGCAAAAUGACCAAUUACCUGAGUGAAGGCUGUGGGAGAAUGGACUUGGGGGGAAAAAUAUGGCUUUUACUUAAUUCAGCUAAACUGUAAAAGAAACUAGUGUCACAUCAACGCUUCACACUUGCAACAUGUUACUGUAUCCCCCACCUGUUAAGCCGAGAUCUCGUCAAACUAACCAGAAAAUCAAUUUUGGGGAUAAUUGAAAUUUAAUAAACUCAUAGUCAUGCGGUGAUGUGAGAGCGAGCUGCAUCGCAGGCAUAAAAAUCAAUGCAAUAGAGCUAUAAGCUGGGGAGGGGGGAGAAUUAUUUCACCAAUACUAAAACAACGGCUGAUUAUCUUUACAUGUAGGUCUUAUUGAAUUCAUUUCCCUGCAAAUGGAAAACAUGCAAAUUUACCAAUUAAGUCAUUUGCCCAUGGAGAGCCGGGCUGCUUGACGUUCAGCUGCCACUGUGCCUUUAGUCUGAAACCCCUUUUUAGUUUUUGUUAAGAGUUAAGUCUUCAACAAAGACAGGAAGGAGGUCAGCACUCAGCCAACACCUGAAUGCGCCUCUCUUUUUUGUGCUCCCCUUGAUCCCCACAGUCUGUGCCUGUCAUUAGUCUUAAUGAUGGAAAAUUGUCAUGUUGAUACAAGUCUUGCUCUCCCCCUCUCUUCUUUGUAUAAGUGGAAGGUGGAAACUCCAUUUGUAACAAAGUUCUAAGCCGUGGACAUUGCAUUUGUGCCGGGGGGAGAAUAAAGGCUGAUGCUCUUUCCAUAGCUGGGAUAAUUAUUCCUACUGUGACCUUAAUGAUUCGCUCUGUUCAUCCUGCAUCUCAUCCACGCGCCAGGCCCUCAGCAGAGCCCUGUGUCAGGGAAUAUGAAAAACCCAUAUAAUGAAACCAUUUUGGGCUGAUGGAAAAAAAGGGCUACUGAAGCUGCACUUGCUACAAAGACGGCUCAAUUAUAUGAGUAAUUGUGAUAAUUUUCCUCCAUUCACUGCUUUCUCUGAAAGGUAAAAAACACAGAUGCUGAAAGGGAAAUUACUUGGACAAUAUAUAAUCUGGGAAAUGGUCACAACAGAAAAAAAAAAAAGAUGACUGUAAGAAAGUGUAGGACUAUAAAUAGGUAUGUUAAUGCAGGGCACAUAAAUACACCCUCAGAAGCUCAAAAAAAAAAAAAAAAAAGAGGCACUGCCUCGGAGCAAGCUCGUGUGAAUAGAAAAAAAACAUGCAACAAAUGACCACUGAGGAAAAAAAGAUAAAAGUAGAUGCGCAGCUGCCAGAAAAUUAAACCUCCUUCUCCUUCCAACUGACAAAAUUCAGCUCCUGCAAAAUGCACCCCCAUAGUUGGCUAUCAUUUGUUGUUCUCUGACAGGAAAAGGAUAAUUACCUCUCUCAGAGGCAGGAGGACUGACAUGCCCUUUAGACUUUGCCAUGAAUGCAGAAGCUUGAUAGAAAGCUUGAGGAAUAAUUUUGUUCUUUGCCUUUUUUCCUUUAUGUUCGAGAGCAGGAACGUGUUUUGUUCGGGGGGGGGGGGGACGACUCGCAGAGAUGGCAGUUUUGUGGAGUGCAUUAAACCAUGGGUGUUCAUACUGUAAAUAUGACAUCCCCGUGUCUGUCAGCUUCUCCAUUCGGAGGGGGGAGAAAAAUGUGAAAUGCAUUAAAAUUUCAAUUUUGUCUCGCUGGGAGACAGCGAGAUAGUGAGAUAUGCAUUACUUUUUCCUUUCACAGUGGGUGUUGGAUUAAACAUUUCUUGUUCUUCUUCCUCCUCACUGCAAAAAAAAGAAUAGGAAAGCUUCUUUCUGUCAGGCAGGCGCAAGGAGGCCGUAAAUUCAAGUCGUGUUGUAUUCUUAGACCCUGUCCAACGUAUGUGUAUCUGUAUGAAAAGCAAAUUAACGCUUCACCUUGCUUGUAAGUGAGCUUUGUGUUUAGAAAACUAUCAUUAAAAUGUUCCGCGCUGGUGUAUAAAUACAUAGAUGUGAUGGUAAGGUACAAAUCUCCC